AUGGAGGAUUCGGGAGCGGCGGAGUUGACGGUGAAGCUGUGCGAUGGAGCGGACGAAGACCACUGGUACGGUGGGUCGCAUUUGCUGAAGCAGCUCUGGCCGCUCGAGCGAGCGAAAAUCGAAAUGGGACCGUUUUACCCGUUCGACCACGGUCCGAACGGCGUCGGCAACGUUCUCGGCACUCACUGGGUGUCGAGCGGUGGGACGUUGAUAUUCGCCGAUCCAAAUAGUGAUUUAUUACACGCUCUGACGUCGGAACGCGGCGACGGACUACUUCGAUUGCAAUCACGGGCGAAUUACGCGGACGCGAACAUGUUGCAUCCGUGGCAAAGCAUCAAUACGAAUGACGCGCGAACGCGCUUGCAGCUACGCGUCGCCGUAUCUGCGCAGGAAGACGCGAGGAGCGCGACGAGAGUCGCCUUGGCGCAGCUUCCAAAGCCGAGCGCCGCGCCGGACAAGUCUCUGAUGUUCUAUCCAAUCUGGACGACUUGGGCGACGUCGCACGCUGAUGUCACGCAAGAGUCAACACUUGCAGUAGCUAAGGACAUCGCAAAAGCCAAAUCUGACUCGGGAUUACCGAACGGUUCGAUCAUCGAAAUCGACGACCGCUGGCAAGCGCGAUAUGGCGAACUUCAUUUCGAUCCCGUGAAGUUUCCGGAUCCGAAAGGCAUGAUCAAGGAGCUUCACGACAUGGGAUUUUUAGUAACGGCGUGGGUGAUGCCGUUCUUGCAAGAGAGUUCAGCGGCGUGCGAGGAGGCAAAGCGAUUAGGGUACUUACUUGAAGGCUCGCAACCGCCGAACGAAGUCCCUGGACAGUUCCGAUGGUGGGGCACGCAGCCCGUCCGCGGCAUCGAUUUCACCAAUGACGAGGCGUGCGAAUGGUUCGUGCGUCGACUCAAGAAACUGCAAGAAGAAGUCGGACUCGACGGUUUCAAGUUUGACGCCGGCGAGCCUUGUUUCAUGCCUUACGGCGCCCGCCCGCACACGCCCCUGAAACAUCCACAAGAGUACAGUCAGGCAUACGUGGAAAAAGUUUGUUCUAAAUUUGCCUUGAGCGAAGUGCGCGUGGCGAUGGGAACGAACAAUUACAACGGCUUAAUUCGCAUGGGCGAUAAAGAUACCGUGUGGGGCGUCGAUAACGGUCUACAGAGUCUCAUUCCGAGCUUACUCACGUCCGCAGUUAUCGGGUUCCCGUUCACGCUUCCGGACAUCAUCGGCGGCAACGCGUAUUGGAAUCAAACGCCCGAUACCGAGUUGAUGAUUCGCUGGGCGCAAGUCAGCGCGUUCAUGCCCGCGGUGCAAUGGUCGAUUCCACCGUGGGAAGUGAGCUCAGUGGCGUACGAGGCGAGUGUCAAGGUGAUGCACAUGCGCGAACGGCUGCUCUUACCCAAGCUCGCCGCGCUCGCGGAGGACGCCAAAGCCUCCCUCGAACCCAUCUGUCGUCCAAUGUGGUGGCUCGACCCCAACGACGCCCAAACGUUCGCCAUCGACGACCAGUUUGCCGUCGGUACCGACAUGAUCGUCGCCCCUGUGGUCGAAAAAGGUGCGACAUCGCGCACGGUUUACCUCCCCGCCGGGUCUUGGCGGCGAUACGACGAAUCGAACGCCGUCGCCGGCGGUCGCCGCGUCGUCGUCGACGCCCCGCUCGACGUCCUCCCCGUGUUCAUCCGCGCCGACUAG